UCUGCGAAGUCUACAACAGAUUUUUACAGGCUUUUCCUACUUUCUCAGCCUAAAGGGAAGAAGGCUAAGGGGAAGAAGGUGGCACCUGCCCCUUCUGUAGCCAAGAAGCACGAGGUCAAAAAAGUUGUGAACCCCCUGUUUGAAAAGAGGCCGAAGAACUUUGGCAUUGGUCAGGACAUCCAGCCAAAACGGGAUCUGACCCGGUUUGUAAAAUGGCCACGGUAUGUUCGUCUGCAGCGCCAGAGGUCAAUACUGUACAAACGCCUGAAGGUCCCACCUGCGAUCAAUCAGUUUACGCAGGCACUGGACCGCCAGACUGCUACCCAGCUGUUCAAACUGGCACACAAGUACAGGCCUGAGACCAAGCAGGAGAAAAGGCGCAGGCUGCUGGCUCGUGCUGAACAGAAGGCUGCUGGGAAGGGCGACACCCCAACCAAGAGGCCGCCUGUCCUCCGCGCAGGUGUGAACACAGUUACUUCACUGGUGGAGAGCAAGAAGGCUCAGCUGGUUGUGAUCGCCCACGAUGUGGACCCAAUCGAGCUGGUAGUGUUCCUGCCCGCUUUGUGCCGCAAGAUGGGUGUCCCCUACUGCAUUGUCAAAGGCAAGGCUAGACUGGGCAGACUGGUGCACAGGAAGACCUGCACCUCUGUCUGCUUUACACAAACCAACCCUGAGGACAGAGCUGCUCUUGCCAAGCUGGUGGAAGCCAUCAAGACCAACUACAAUGACAGAUAUGAGGAGAUCCGUCGUCACUGGGGAGGUAACAUCAUGGGUCCCAAGUCUACCGCUCGCAUUGCUAAACUUGAGAAGGCCAAGGCUAAGGAGCUGGCUACCAAAUUGGGCUGAACCAGCACACUUCUGCCUGUUUAUUAGUAAAACAAUUAAAAAAAACAACAACA